GGUUUUCCAAAAUUCAUUAGCUUUAUCCUGUAUAAUGUCGGAUCUUUGAACUUCUCUUGAAAGAGUAUCUCUUCUUCGUUGAGUUCCUCAGUGAUUCCCGGUAUACUUUUAAAAUUUACAGUGAUAUAUGCAAAAGUCGUGCUUUAUUGUUGAGAGACCAGGAUAUCUCUUUUAUUGUGGGCUUGGAGGUUAAUGGCGACAACCCAAAGCUUUCAUGAUUCGUGACUCUAGUGUGAAGGAUUACCUUUGGUGCCAAUAUAUUCUUCGCCUAUCCAAGCGGUGGAUUGUUCUACUUCAAUCAGUGACUGUUUACCAGUGCCUUGAAGGGGGUGUCAUUGCUAUCUUGCAGUCUUAUGUUGAUGAAGAUAAGGACGAAUCAUUCUACACUUUGAGUUGGGCAUGUAAUAUCGACGGAAUGCCAUUCUUAGUUGCAGGUGGAAUCAAUGGUAUCAUUAGGGUCAUUGACACCGGCAGUGAAAAGUUACACAGGAGUUUUGUUGGUCAUGGAGACUCAAUAAAUGAAGUCAGGACUCAAACAUUGAAACCAUCACUUGUGAUCUCUGCAAGCAAAGAUGAGUCUGUCAGGCUAUGGAAUGUACGUACUGGGAUUUGCAUUUUGAUAUUUGCUGGAGCUGGGGGUCAUCGCAAUGAAGUCUUGAGUGUGGACUUCCAUCCUUCAGACAUUUACCGUGUUGCAAGUUGUGGUAUGGAUAAUACAGUUAAGAUUUGGUCCAUGAAAGAGUUCUGGACAUAUGUUGAGAAGUCUUUUACAUGGACCGAGGAUCCGUCCAAAUUCCCCACAAAAUAUGUGCAAUUUCCUGUAUUCAUAGCUUCUGUUCACUCCAACUAUGUUGACUGUAAUAGAUGGCUUGGUGAUUUCAUCUUAUCAAAGAGUGUUGAUAAUGAAAUUGUCUUAUGGGAGCCAAAAACCAAGGAGCAGACUCCUGGUGAGGGUGCUGUGGACAUUCUUCAGAAGUACCCUGUUCCAGAGUGUGAUAUUUGGUUCAUCAAGUUCUCAUGUGAUUUUCAUUAUAAUGCAGCAGCAAUAGGAAACAGGGAAGGAAAGAUUUAUGUAUGGGAACUGCAGUCCAGCCCCCCUGUCCUCAUGGCAAGGCUAUCUCAUAUGCAGUGUAGAUCUCCAAUCAGACAGACUGCCAUGUCCUUUGAUGGAAGCACCAUCCUUGGCUGUUGUGAAGAUGGGACAAUUUGGCGCUGGGAUGCAAAUGUGGCACCAUAAGCUUACCAGAUACAAACUGCAUUAGAAAAUUUUGUUGAAUUUGUAGCUGAGUGAUCAGAAUUUGUGAGAAAUAUUUGUGCCAUUAUGGCAGAAGGUGUCCUUCGUAAUAUGAUCUAUUUAUGAAAUGUCAAGGAAAAGAAACCAAUUUUGUCCAUAAAUGUAACCAUUACUCUAUAAUUAUUACAUAUGAUUUUGUUCUGAUUA